AUGGAGAACUACGAGUCGCCCUCCGAAGUUUUAAAGAAAAAGGGGAAAAUCGAAUCAGGAGACAAGGGGAAGGAGAAAAAAGACAAACUGAAAUUUAUUGACAUAUUUAACGACAGCAAUGACGCAGAGCAGAGUGAUACCAAAGUUGGGAGUUUUUUAAAAAAAAAAAAAAUAAGUGAAAGCAAAAGGAAGGUGAAGAAUAAAAGCGCGUACCAUUUGGAAGGUCUACCAAAUGUGUACGCCACCGAUUUGGUGAGCUCCAGCUUCGCCAGCUCCAGUGUGAUAAACUCCAGUGUGGUCAACUCGGGAACUCCUGACGGGGAGAAAAGCAUCCCGGGGGUGAACAGCAACCAACGAAGCAGAAGUGUGUUGAACAAUUUGAACAUUUUUGCCGACGAGGGAGAGCACAGCCAUGCCUAUCUCGUCAACGAGAUUUACCGGCUGAAGGCCGAAGUGGAAGAAGAGAAACAAAAAGGGUGCCGCACAAAUGAGGAGACAAAACUGGUGAAGGAGAAAAACGACCUGCUCAGCAAAAGCAUCAGCGAUAUGAAGGUAGAAAUGGAAAAGCUCCAAAAUAUUUACGACGAGGAAGUUGUAAAAAUAAAGGAGUCCUACGAGAGGCGCCUCCUAGUUUUUCAGGCAGAGCUGGAAGAAAAGGAAAAUUACUUUAAGAAGCAAAAGGAGGCCCACCGACAAGAGUUCGAGGCGCAACUGGAGGAAUAUAAGCGUAUGUACCACGAUGAGAAAAGGAAGAGUCAAGAGAGGGAGAGACUCCUCGGGGAGGCGGCCAUCGAACGGGAGAGGCUCACCAAGGAGGCUGCCAUCGAAAGGGAGAGGCUCACCAAAGAGGCGGUCAUCGAAAGGGAGAGACUCCUCGGGGAGGCUACCACCGAAAGGGAGAAACUCACCAAAGAGGCUGCCGCCCAAAUGGAAGAACUCCAAAACCGUGUAGACCAAAUGACCGAACAGGAAAAAGACCUAACAAGGUGCUUCAAAGAAGAAAAGGAAAAAAAUGAACAAAGCAAAACGCAAGCAGAGAAAUACCAACAGCAAAUUCUCAACUUAAAUGAAAUUAUACAAAAAAAAAAUGAAAAUAUUAAAAAUAUGGUAAAUGAUAUCCUGUUGGUGAAAAAUGUAUAUGACGAGCUAGCCAAGGAGAAGGAACUAAACGAAUUGGGGAAGAAAAAACUGGUAAAAAAAAUUGAUACGUACGAAAAGGAUUUUCAUUAUUUAAAAAAGAACAUGGAGGGAUACAGACUUAAUAAUGAUAACCUGAGGAAGUGCAACCAGGAACUGAAUGAACGAGUGAGGAAAAUGGAGUCUCAGAUUGGUAGUCUUCAAAACGAAAAUGAAUUUUUAAAAAAAGAAAAUCUUCUUUUUAACAAAAAGUUUUUGAAUGUAAAAAGGGGGAAAAAAAUCGCUCAGUUGGACUACUUUUCCGACUCGACGGAUGUCAAGGAUGAGGUGCCUAGUGCGGACAGCAGUGUGGGGGGAAACAACUCGUUCGGGAUUCGCAGAGAUACAGUGCAGGUUAAGGAAGUGAACGUAAUGGGACAAGCGAACGAGCUAGGCAAGGUGAAAGAUGCGAGUGGUGAAAGCAGCGCUGACGGGGAUGGUGAUGGAGAUGCAGACGGAGACGCAGACAAGUGCACGAAGCGGAAGAAAAAAAAAAAGAAAAAAAAUGCCUUAAAGAAGAAAAAGAAAAAUUUUGAAAAAGUUGUAAAUCGGGGCGAGAAAGGGGCAAGAAGCGACAGUAACAGCGACGGAAGCAGCGACGGUAAUAGCGACAGCGACUGCGGAGAGGGCGGGGAAGGCGCCUCCUCCACUGGGGAGGAUCGCCCCGUAGAGCCAACGUGCGCGCUGAGCGUGCUGGCAACCGGUCGCGGCAAGCGGAAAGGGGGCAGCAUCGGUGGCGCCCAUAGAGGAGAAAACGCAUCAGACGAGGGUGCAGCAGAGUCGAGCGAAUCAGACGAAUCGAACCAAUCAAGCGAAUCAAACCAAUCAGACGAAGCGGGCGAAACCCACCUCAGCACGCUAAGCCUACCAGGCAGCAAACCCAACUGCGCGGGCUCCUCAAAAAAGGAAGUGCACCUGUCCGAUGUGAGGCGCAGUUUAGCCAAUUUAGUAAGCAAAAAAAAACUGAAGGAAAGUGCCAUCGGAGCAAAUUACGAAGAGAUUGGAACUGCAGACCGAUUCGAGCUGAUCUCUAAAUUUUUGGAAAACGGUACAAAAGAUGAAAAGAAAAAAAAAAAAAAAACAACAAAAAAAAACAAACAAACAAAGUGCGAUUAUAGUAAGACAAAUUUUAGCGCCACCAGUCUGGGCAGCUCCAACAUUUUCAAUAAAGAGCUAAGCAGCAAUAGGUAUCUUUUCGACCUGAAUCUGUACAGCUUAAAAAAAUAUAACAUCUUCAGCUUCAGCAAUGGAGUGUUUCCCCCAGGGGGGGAGCACAACUUGAGCAAUCUGGUGCGUAAGAAGAGGAGCUGCCUAACGCGCAUGGGCCACUUGGAUGACGCGCAAAAUUUGAUCGACGAGCAGAAUCUGGACGGAGUGCACAACCUGGGCGACUUGCACAACCUGGACGACGUGCACAAUUUCCACAUACGCGCAAAGAACACUUGGCGCAGCCGAACGGAGGGGUUCCCUCCCGCGCUGAGGGAUUCCUCCUGCGGCAGAGCCAGUGGGGGGGAAGAGGCAGACUAUGUUGAAGCUGCAGCACGCGCGAGGAUCCUCCAAGGAGGUGCCAACUGUGCAAACGAGACAAACGAUGAUAUGGAGAAAAACAAAACGAUCAAUUACUUCUUGGCCAACAUAAAAAAGGAAAAGACAAAUUCGAACGAAAUUGUGGUGAAGAGAAGAGAGACUCGUCUGCAGGAGCUCCUCAGUAGACGUGACUCCUCUAGCGGAUCCUGCCAAGUGGGGAAGGAGCAGGUGGUGCGGAAGUUGCUGGGGGGGGAGGAGCCCAUCGAGGGGGAAAAAAGCGAUCACCAUGGUGGUGCCUGUGGUAGUGCUGUGGGGAGUAGCCUGCGCAGUGGUGUAGGCAGCGGAAUGGGCAGCUUCGGCUGCAGUGGCGCGGACGAACUUGGGCGAUACAGGCACCACCUCCGGGGGGGCCAGAGGGACAUGCAGUCCUACCUCCUAAGCAAGUGCAAAGGGAAAAACAACAUCUACGGUCUGUUCAUCAUCAACGAGCGGCUAAAGAGCAUUUACAAAAACAUAGAGAACAAGAGAAAGUCCAUUAGCAACUUCCCAGUCAGUAUGCCGAAGAUUGAAAGUCAAAAGCAAAUUAGUAGUUCCUUUGACAUCGUGCACACAGGAAAGUUACUUCCCGAGGGGGAGGAAAACACACCCAUGGUGAUUCCCUUUGCUUGUAAAAAGAAUGCUCACGAAAUGGUGCCUACAUUUGAGCAUAUGGGAAAGUCAAACGAAUUGCAUGUGGAUUUACCAAAUGGUCUCCUCAAGGGGGAAGUUCCAUCGGGCGAUGAAACAAACAAAACGAGUUUCACCUCGGAAAGUAGGUUAACAGAAGAGACGCCUAGUGCAGGCAGCGCCUUUGUAGUGUCUGGAGAAGACCCCCUUUCAAGGGAGGGGGAACAAAUGGGGAAAAAUCUCCUUUUGGAAUUUUCAAAAAAUAUGAACAGGUCAGGCAAAAAAGGGGAACCCAGUUACACACACGAGGAAAAUGACGAGGAGGACAUCUUUUUUAAAAAAAAAAGUUACCUCGGAAAUACCCACUCCAUUUCGGUUAUGUUUGAUAAGAAUCAGCCAUCAACGGGGGGAUACCUCUCCUCAAAUGAGUCUCAUUCGAGAGGGGUAACAAACGGGGCAGAGGCACACAUGCGUGUAGUGGCUGGUGAAAACCCCCGUUCCAUGGGAUGGCAUCCUUUGCACCAGGAGGGGAUGGAAAAAUACGUUUCGUUCGUAAAAGUGGGCAGGAAGGUGCUUCAGGAGGGGGGGGACAACGUUGGAAGGGGACCUCGGGGUGAAGGUCGUCCACUUGGAGAAGGUUUGGCCCAUCACGGCGGAUCGGUUCUUCGCGAUGGACCACUUCUUCGCAAUGGACCACUUCUUCGCAAUGGACCACUUCUCCACGGUGGACCACUUCUCCACGAUGGACCACUCCAUCACGCGAAUGAACAAAGAGACAACGAAUUUGCGAAGCACCUCAAAGAGAUGGACGGCCCACCAAAAGGCAUCCCUCGCCAAACCAACAAAAGCAAAGAACAGGAAGCAGUCAACAAGUUUGACUUAAAUGAUGUGUUUAAUUCCAAUUUUAACAACUUUUUAUUGUCCUAUAAGAGUAAAAAAAGGGAGGCCGCCAUAUCUCCCUCUUCCCCCUCUUCUCCCCCCUCUUCGUCACCUUCCAGAAAUCGAAUUUUCGAAAUUUUAAAAAAAAAAAACUCCCCACAUGAUCCCUCGCAUGAUCGAAAUUGUGCGGACUCCGCGAGGGAGGACUCCUACUUUGAAAAUUAUUUAAACGGUUUGAAGCAGCAGAGGGGUAGGGCCCGAGUGGGGGAAGACCCAAGCGAUGUGCACAUUCGCCGUGUUGAUAGACACGACCCGCAGACCGGAUCCACGGAUGAACACACACAGAGGGGAAGCAACAAAUGGGACUGCUUGGCUGAAACGGAAAAGUUCAAAAAAAAAGGUUCUCCACAAAAUAGUAAUGCUGUGGGAGAUCCAAAUGUACUUAUGCAAAAUAAUGCCAACUCGGGGACCAUUUCCGGGGGUGGAAGUGACUGUCGUGGGGAUUCCAACGGAGGCAACAUUAAUAAGGAGAGCGAGCGGUUUCUAUUCAGCAGUAACUCCGUGAUGAACGCUGGGUCGAACUCCAUCGGGGGGACGACGUAUGAACAUGUGAGGAGCCACAUGGACAAUAAUGCUCACUUCAUCAAUUUUGUUAAAAAUAAAAGGCAAAGGGAUAUCCUGCUGGGGGGGGAACAUGGCAACUUUGGUCUUCGUUUGACCAACCAAGAGUGUAAUACAUCAAAUGGGAGCGAUGAACUGAACUGGAAGAAAUCGCCAUGAGUUUCACUACCUCCACCCCCGUGGGGGGUCACUUCCAAAUGAGUAACGCGGCAAAAUGGAUGUUUUUUUUUUCGUUUCCAUUUUGGCGCGACAUUUGCCUGAACGUUCAGGCGAAAAGUGUCCACGUUCGAGCGUUUGGACGUUUGAACGUUUGAAC